GCCCUAGACAUACCCUCCAUACUCUAUCCGUUAACGCCUUGCACGACACUACUAACGACUUGGGAAUUAACGACGCUCACGUUCACUAACGCAUUCUUUUUCGCCAGGAUUUUCUUGCAGAUACAUUACUAUGGCUGCACCAACUCAAGCUCUACCUUCUUGGCUCACUUAUUCCUCUUCGAUCAUCACGGACGCUGUUGGAGACCCUAUCUCUACUUCUGUUACAAUCUUGACUCUGCCCUUGACUUAUUAUGGUCCAAGUGUUCCUCUGGGCACUGACGGCGUCUGGACGUAUGGUGGUCUAACGCCCCCAGCGUCAACAGCAACAUCACUUACUACUGCGACACCUUCAUCUGCGAUAUCUACCUCCUCAUCCGCUCUAUCCUCAGCGACGUCGACAACGUCUUCACCAUCUACUUCUUCCUCAUCUAGCUCUUCAUUCUCCUCCUCCUCCUCCUCCUCCUCCUCCUCCAGCACCACUAUUCCCACGGCAUCAGCAUCUCCAAGUUCGGCAUCACACCGCUUCCCUCGCGGUUUGAUAGGCGCCAUCGUCGGCUCGAUCGUGGGUGCCCUGCUCCUCCUACUUCUCUUACUCCUCUGCCUCCGAUGGCGAACCCGCCGCCGCGCCCAAUACCGGCACUCGACGCCCAUCUGGACAGGCUGGGAGAUCGUCGACCCAUCCACCGUCGUCGGCGGAGGCGCCGCAGCCAACACCCAAGGGAGGCCGCGCGAAGUUCCCGACCGCGUCGCCGGCGAAGGCUCGCCGCGCCACAGCGGCGAAGAGCACGACCCGUUCCUCUCGCGGCGUAGCGACGCGCCCACCACGAAUGGCGGGGCGACGGCCAUGUCGCCCGAGAUGCUGCAGAUCAUGAAAGAGCUGGGCCCCGGCGUUCGGCUGGUCAGUCGCCCCGGCGCACCCGCCGCAGCGCGGGCAACUGCCACCGCCCGGCGGCGCGAGGCGGGGAUGCGCAGCGACGAGGAGGACGAGGACGGGGCAGGCGAGUUCGGCCGCCGCCGCAGCGUCUUUUACCUCGACCCCGAGACGGGCGACGCGUUCUGGGGCAACACGGGCGACUACACGCCGAGCAACAGCGGGAGCUCGAAGCCGUCGAUGGGCCGCCAGAUCCUCAGCCCCGAGGAGCAGUACAAGAUCGAGAGCGAGUCGGAUAGGAGCCGCGAGCACUCGUCCGACCACCAGCGCCAGCCGGCGAAGCAGGACUCGCCGCUCCUCCCUCCGCCACCACUCAACCCUGACGGACUCUCGAUGCCCGCGCGCAAGAGCUCGAGUCGGACGGUGGGCUCGAUGGACUCCGCGCGCGACGAGCCCGACGAGCGUGCCCAGCUGCUCACCGCGCGGCGCGUGCGCGUAACUGAUCUUCCCAGCCCGCCACUCAGUCCAUCUGGCGGCGAGGACAUAAGCGCGGGGCCGAGCAGCUGGGUGGGCCUCGGCGGGCUCGCGCGCCUGCGCCGCCUGAGCUGGUUCAAGCGCGAGUCGUCGCCGCUGCGCUCGGGCGCGACGAUGAGCGAGCACUCCAAGUCCCAGUCGCGCCCUGUGUCGUACAGCGCGAAUCCGCUGAGCGACGAGGACGUCGAGGCGGGGCGCGCGCUGCUGCGCGCGGAGAUGGGCGUCCGUGCUGAUAAGGAUGGCCGGCCGAUCUCGACGGUGAGCGGGAAGAGCGCGGUGUCGGGCGGCAGCGUGUACCACGAUGCGGCGUCGCGCCCGGCGACGCCCGGCCAGGCGCCCGCGGGGAGCUUCCCAAGCAGUUAUCGCACGGCGCAGACGCAUCCGCAGAGCAGCCAGAACAGCAGGCCGUCCAUGCCGCCGGCGUACGAGCGGGAGGAGGUACCGCCUCUCCCGAUGCAGACGCAUGUACAGACCGAGGUGCAUGGACAGGAGCCUAGUGAUGCCUCUGAGACGCAGGUCAAUCCCAGCACUGCGACUUCGAGCUUGCACCAUGACGUUCCGCCGGGCGUGGAUGUAUUGGAUAUGCCGGUGCCAUCGUCUGUGUCGCCGUUCUCGACCGCGUCAACCAGAGCAAGGAAGGAAACGCCCUUCCCUCCCGGACUUGGGCAUCUGCCUAACCAUUGGGACAAUGCGCAGACGCCGACGGACGAAUCGGUCGUGAAUCUGGAUGACCAUAGCCCGCCGGUUACCAUUGACAUCUUGGAACAGGAGCCUCCUAGGGCUGGUGAAGGGUGGAGGACUCUAGCCAGCGGAGCCUUGGGUGGCAAUGGCGAUAGGAGAACCACGUUUGGCUCGGCCAAUAAUCCCACUAUCGUCCAUCCACGAGACAUUACGCGCUCGGAGCAAGGCUCGCUCCAUUCUAUGCGUUCACAUUUGAGCCCGUUCUCAUCUAGGAGUCCCACUGGCUCGGCUCCCGCUUCUUCCAGACAUCUGCAUUUCGGUUCUGGAUCAAGCUCAUCUCGACCCUCCGGGCACUCCCAAGCCCUCUCCGGCAGCAGCGGCGGAGCGUCCCUAGCCCACUCAGGGUCCAUCAGCUCCGACGGACGCCGCAGGGGCAGGCGGGACGCUAGCGAAAUCAGCUCGCCCCCGCCUGCGUACGGGAGGAUAAGCGUAGGCGCGACCGGGCGAGGCGCCGCCAGCCCGCUCUACCGUUCCACGGCCAGCCCGCAGCCUCACGCCAGCGACGAUCUUGCUGUCGUUUCGAGUACGGUGACCUCAACCGGGACUGGGUCGAGCGGGUCUAGUUACUUGCGGAUGACGGAUCCUGCGACGGGGGCGAUUAUGCACUUCCCUACCGUACCGUGGACCGGCGCGGAGAGCGACUGGCCGGCGGAUGCGUGGAUAGAGAUGCCGGGUGGUGGAGGACAGAGGUGGAUGGGCCCUCCGUCCCGCUGGAGGGCCAUGCAGGCCCGUGUCGGGGAGGCUGGGGAUGAAUGAGCGCAGACCUUGAACAUGUGCUCUGCCUUCUGGGUGGUUCAUGUAAAUUAUUCAUCUUACUCGCUGCUUAUUUCCUUCCUUUUGCUUUCGAGUUUGCGGGUGGGACUGGUUCUUUCUGUUGGUUUUGCUGCAGCUUCCUGUGUGUUGUCUUCUAGUUGUUCUCCUCUGUCACAUACUCUACAGUUUCAUACUGUAUAUACGCCGAUGACGACUAUUUC